UUGGGAUUCUUCACACUUCUUUCUAGGUUCUUCAGGUUGUGCGCCACGUGUUUAUCAUGCAAGUUCCACCUUUCUGAAAUUUGGUCAUUGUUGGGCCGAAUACAGGCUCAUAUUAAUUUUAAUUGGGCCGGUCAUUGGCCCAUUUAGGGUCCAUUACGAUGAUCUUGUCGAGCGUGUAAAGAGUCCAGGAUACCUGUGUAUCAAAAUGGCGUGCGCCGUCUCCGGAGGAGCGAUUCGAUUCCCAUCCCGUCUUCUUCAUCGCCUCUCGCACCCGGUGCUGCCAAGUAGGAUUCGUCGUUCUACGAUCUGGUUUCGGAAUCGCCGGCGAAUCUCGACGACGUGGUCGAUGAAUCCGGUCGGUGGAGGAAUUGAUUCUGGCGAAAAGGCCUCCCGGAGCGAUGGAGCUGCGGCGGCGGCAGAAAAUGUGGACGACGUUCUGGUGCAGUACGUGGUUCUCCGGAGAGAUCUGAUCGAUUCGUGGCCGUUGGGGAGCGUGCUUACGCAGGGAUGCCACGCUUCGGUGGCUGCGAUAUGGUCGCACAAGGACGAUCCAAACACGGUCCAGUAUUGUGAUCCACAAAACAUUGAUUCGAUGCACAAGGUGACUUUGGAGGUGAAAGGGGAGACGCAGAUGAUGAACUUGUCGGAGAAGUUGAAAUCCGGAGGAAUCGCUCAUAAGCUCUGGAUCGAGCAGCCGGAGAACAUUGCGACGUGCAUCGCCACAAAGCCUUACCCUAAAUCUCAAGUCUCUUCGUUCUUCAAGAAGCUGAAGCUUUGCAAGUGAUUUUCUGAAUCCCCAUUGUUAAAAAACUCCACUCUUUCAUCUCUUUCGCCACAACACCUUUUUUUUUAAUCAGAUUCUAAUCUGUGCAAGUGAUUUGUGUUCCAAUUCACCAUUGCCACAGCCACAGCUCUUUUCUCUCAUUCGAUCACUAAGCUGCUGGAUCAGAUUUUCAAA